GUUUAGAAACGCUCGAAAUUCUAAAAUCUCACACUUGACUCAGUUGGCAGCACUGUUUCGUCGUGCACUUCUAGUUUUGGGGUCUCUUUUAGCUUCUCUUUCAUUGGGCCACUUCAACCUGAAUUAGGACCUCAAGAUGGCCAUUCGCCCUGCAUCAAAGCCGAAGAUCGUCAAAAAGAGGACGAAGCAGUUCAUUCGUCAUCAAAGCGAUCGAUAUGACAAGCUGAAGAGGAACUGGCGUAGACCUAAGGGUAUUGACAACAGAGUCCGCAGGAAGUUCAAGGGACAGUACCUUAUGCCAAAAGUUGGUUAUGGUUCAGCCAAAAACACUAAGCACAUGCUUCCCAAUGGCUUCAGGAAAGUCGUUGUUAACAACGUCAAGGAGUUGGAAAUCCUGAUGAUGCAGAACCGCAAAUAUUGUGCCGAGAUUGCUCACGCCGUCUCGUCCAAGAAGCGCAAGACCAUCGUCGAAAGAGCCAAGCAAUUGGCCAUCAAGAUCACCAACCCCAACGCCCGCCUCCGCUCAGAGGAGAACGAAUAAAGAUGAAGAGUUAUGCGUGUGUGGAAUGGCUUAUGAUGUGUAUUGCUACAGUUACAAGUUACAAAUACAUCAAAAGCAUUUUCCCCUUCCAA